AUGGUUUCCUCUCAGCAAGGCCAGUCCAACACCCACGUCGACAUGAAGGCCGACUCUGGCCUCGUCAAUGAGCGCCAGGCAAACCUACCUCUCCCCGAGCAGCCCGCUGCUGCUUCAGACUUCAACUCUGCGGAUGCGCGAACCGUCAACGGUGGCUCAGGUGCUCAAGAGGCCGGCAUCUCGUCAGGCAGCGGGUCGCUGCGUGAGCCUGCUACCGGUGAUGCUAAUGGUGCUGCCCGCGAGGCAAAGGAUGGCCUGAGCGGCAUCCCCAACGAUGCUGUCACACGCGACCAGAAGAACCACUCCGGUCUGGAGCAGACUACCGGCAAGGACUACGGUUACCCUGGAAAGAAUGACCCCAGCUCUGGUGUCAAGCAGUAGUGUUGGAUGCAUGGUAAAAAAAGGCGUUUGGGAUACUUUCUUGUCACGAUUAUGACCCCCAUUGGGAUGUAUGACAGCUAUGUCCACGUUUGACUGGCAGCAGCUGCAGGUGCAGCGCGCAACAAAAAUGUACAACAUGAACCAGA